CGUCCACAUCUCCUCCGUCUCCUCCGUCUCCUCCGUCUCCUCCCCCCUCGCCCUCGUCAUGCUCCCCCUCCCGAGCGCGACACGGCACAAGCCACGGUACGCCCCCGUCGGCGCGUACAGCUACGCAACGCCGCUGAGCGGCAACAUCAUGGGUGUCCUCCGCACCCGCUCGCGCCUCACGAACCUCGCCGUCGCGCUCCUCCUCCUCGUCCUCUCCCUCUCGCUUCUCGGCAACCUCCGCGCCGUGUGGGACAGCCCCUCUCACCCCCACUUCAGGUGGCAUGCCGCGUGGGACGAGCUGGCAGACGCCGAUGUCCUCGACUCGGGCCGGCCACCAAGUAUCGAAACAACGAUUAAACGCGAUCCGCGCAUGGCCGAAGUCGACCACCUCAUCCUCGUGCCGGGGCAUGCGGUGUGGCUUGGCACGGACGCAGGGUUGGCGGAUGAGGACGAAGAAUGGGUGCUGGAGAAGAUGCAGAGGGGCGGGAGUGUCGCGACGUACAUCAAGCAUGUUGAGCGGGCGGCGGAGAUGGCGGCUAGCGAUCCACGGUCAUUGCUCGUGUUUUCGGGCGGCGCAACACGCGUACAGCUCACAUCCCCACUCUCUGAAGGCGCGUCGUACCACCGCCUAGCAGCAGCCAAGGGCCUCUUGGACACGACUGGGUCCAACUCCCAUCUCCCCUUGUCGGCGCGCGCAACGACAGAAGAGUUUGCACUCGACAGCUACGAGAACUUGCUGUUCUCCAUGGCGCGCUUUCGGGAGGUCACGGGCCAGUGGCCAGCACAUGUAACCGUUGUGGGCUACGGCAUGAAGCAGCACCGGUUCGAGCAGCUGCACCGCGGCGCGAUCCGCUUCCCCGCCGACCGAUUCAGCUAUGUCGGCAUCGACGAUGAGGGCGACACGAGCGCGCACUACGAGGGCGAGCUCAAGUACGGAUACGCGCCAUUCCUCUUCGCGCCAAGCGGGUGUAGACCACCACUGGCUACAAAGCGCGCUGACCGCAACCCCUUCGCCCGCUAUCCGCCGUACCACAGCAGCACGCCCGAGCUUGCUGCCCUCCUCGAAUGGUGUCCGCCCAGCACCCCGAUCGGAGACGUGGCUGUGCCAACGACGUUGAGCGAGAGCGACGGGAUGGAGCCGCCGGCCGGCUUUGUCGUGUACGACGGCAAGCUGCCGUGGGACGGGCUGAAGCGGUGGCACCGGGAGCAGGAUUAGGUGCCACGGGCGCCGCGUGUGGCGUUGACGUCGGGACGCGUUGAAUCACGGAUGACGGAUCAUACAUCGCAGACAAGUUGCGAUGAGCGCAGCGGAUCUUGGGAACGACGGCGAUUGGGGUCGGGCAUAGAGUGUCGAUUGGCACUAGAGCAUGAGAGUACUGCAUGGAUGUAUUGCAUUGUACGGC